AAGAAGGAGGAAGCGUUGGCGUCGGGGACAGACCUCGAGCACGUCGAGACAGUCGACUCCACUCUAUCGAGAAAGCAGAAGACGCAGAAACACCUCCGGCGGUUCUGGGUGUGCUACUUCAUCGCGGGGAUCAUCUUCUCCGCCAUCUUCCUCCCCAUCUUCUUCACCCUGAUCAUCCCGGCCAUCGCGCAGCGCAUCGUCGACGACACCGAACUCCCCGUGUACAACGCGGAGAUCACCGAUCCGGACCCGUCACACGUCACCUUCUCGAUCGACACGGCGCUGAACAUGCCCAAGGGGAUCAAGGCACGGACAGACCCAUUCACGCUGCGGCUGUUCAACCGAGCGACGAAGCCCUUCAAGCCGUAUAUUGGCGUGGAAAUGCGGGAGUUCAGCCUGAACGGACCGACCCGGCUGACAGUGAUAAAUCACCACACGGAGGUGCUGGAGGAAGACGAGUUCGUCGCGGUGCUUUCCGAAGCCGUGUACUCUAAGGAGUUUAUCAUGUCCGCGCGGGGCGCAACAACGGGACAUUUGGGGGCGCUCAAGGCGGGCUUAACCCUGGAUAAGGACGUUCGCUUGAAGGGUCUGGACAAGCUCAGCGGGUUCGCGAUCGAAUCUGCACGGCUCGUAUACCCGGCCGAAGAAGACGGGACGAACCUGCGAGGACGCGCCAAUCUGCCCAACCACUCGGUGGUGGGAUUCGCUCUGGGCAACGUAACAUUAAACCUCAAAAGCGAGGACAUCAUGCUGGGAUUCGCCGACAUCGACAACGUCUUCCUCAAGCCAGGAAACAACAGCGUGGAUCUGCGCGGACGCAUCGACAUCCCAACGGUGCUAGACAACAUCGUACCGAUCAUGGCGCAGCAGGGCGACGUGCUCCGCAAAGGAAACAUACGGCUGUCGGCAUCAGGAAACAAGACCGUCUACCACGGAAAGCACAUCCCGUUCUUCGAGCGCGUGCUGAACAAUCUGACGCUGCAGGCGGAGUUGCCUAUCAUGACGGUUUUGCUGGACACGCUGAAGGGGCUGGGCGGGGGGAAGGGGUUGGCGGAUAUGUUGAAGAAUGUGGGGGAUCUGGGGAAUGGAUUGUCUGAUUUGACGGACGCGUUG